UCCUACACUUCAGUACUGUCUCGACAGCGCACCGUAUAGGUUGCGUAUGCGUGGCCGCUAUCUUAAAAUCACACGACAAUUCAUUAGUUUUCCAUACGUGAAAACCAAGUGAAAUAAUUCGUUGGUGGACAAGUUUUAGUGAGAUUUGUUGAGUGUAUGGUUCAGUUUUUGUUGGUUCUGAACUUUCUCCCACAGCCGCGAGGCUCGCGGUGAUGCCUCUCCCUCCCCCUCCCCUAGCCAGGUGUCUCCAGAAAUGAACCGGGAAAACGUUUCUAACAAGAUCGCCGCCGGCAUGGACCGCUGGCACACAACCUUGGAAGAUAUGAUGCAUUUGAGGUCUAGUAAUCAGGUCUACAAAGAUAAUUAUUGGGCCCAGAACGGUUUUGACGAACUCCGGCGUUACGUAAAACAAGGCAGCGAUUUCAGCAAGGAACUGGCGGCCAUAUUGCAAGAGAGGGUGGAGGCAGAAAAUUACUACUCCAAAUGUCUCGCGAAACUGGGUGCCAAGUUAAGCAAGGCCUGCAAGGAGAGCGUCGGCUCGUGCGCCGAAGCGUGGAAACAUGUCGCUUUGGAAAUGGAGAAACGUUCGGAAAUACAUAGGAAUUAUUCAAAUUCUCUAGCCGAAGAACUAGUUAAACCAAUGAAAUACGUCACAGAUGCACAAUUAAAACUUAGGAAAAAGAUCGAAGGAAAUGUGGACAAAACUACCCGAGUCCUAACAGAAUGGAGGGCGACAGAAGCCAAGUCCAAAAAGCAGUCUCACGCUGCUGCAAGGGAGAAUGAGAAGUUACAAGACGCUACCCUGGACAUGAGUCGAAUAUCGCGUAGCUCGAGUGUGGGCCACAUUCCCCAUUCUAUACUUAGCACGGCGAGAGCAGAACGGUUGGCUAACGCGACGAGUGAAAAGGACGCAGCUAAACUGCAGGUAAAGAAGAGGAAGACGGAAGAUGCCGUGAAGAAGACUGAAGUUGAAUAUUACAAUGUGUGCGUGCAGUCUGAAAGAGCUAGGUUAGAAUGGGAGACCAGUGUGGUGAAAGGCGCCGGUAUGCUGGAAUCUGUGGAGGAGGAGAGGCUGGCGCAGCUGAAGACAGCCGCUGACUGCUACCUGAGGCUUACUGCAGCAGUACCACCUCAAUUAGCUGAUACAACAAACACAUUAGUGGGACCUAUCAACAACGCGAACGCGAACGUGGACAUGCGGGUAGUUCGCGGAGUGAGAUCCGUUCCCGCUGGUGCCAGCGAACAGUUGCUUCCAGACUUCUACUGUGAACACACCACGCUGGCUAUGAAUAGAGAGAGACGCAAACAAGCAUUAAUGAAGAUACUGCAGUUGGUGAAGCAGGAUAUUGAGAGAGAGCGCAAGUCCAAACAAGGUCUGGAGAAACUGUCCAUGGCCAUCAAGCAGACGCCUACCUUCGGCAACGACGACUCGCAACAGAAUGUUGCUGACAAGUUGUACCAUGUGCGGUCUAUGCUAACGUACCUAGAGGCAGUGCGGUACAAGAUCACGUCGAGCCUCAACGACUUGGACAGCAGACCCCCGGUGAAACAUCCCCUCGCGACACACAUACAGGUGGUGAGGGACAAGCAGGGGUUGCAGCAGAGCGUGUUGAAGGUACCGCCAUGGCUGCAAACCGACUAUCAAAACGAGGUGAACAAAAACCUGCAACCCAACUACACGGCACUUACCAAGAGUGUCAAUGGUGGAGAGGAGCGGGAAAGACGGGAUUCCAUCAUGAGCAGAGCAUCUAGCAAGCUUCGUAUAGAACACCUAUCGUUUAGAAGGAUCACGGAGAAUAAAAGUGCGCCGGCGACUCCCGUUCUGGCUGACAUCCCCACCCCUCCCGUUAAGGCGCAGUCGGUUGAUGCGCCAGCGCCUCCUGAAAGUCCAUUAGACUGGGGAGAGAGGGGCGCGGGAGAUGGACUGUCGAAUCAACACGAUAGUGAUUUUGAUGAGUUUUCGUCACAAAGUGACAGCUCGACGGACCUAACGGACAUAUUGAAGACUGAUCAGACGGAUGCGCAGGCGCCUACUCCUUGCAUAGGCAAAUGUCGAGCUCUAUACACUUACGAGGCGAGACUCAACGAUGAACUCACCUUAUCACCAGGAGACAUCAUAAACAUUCACGACAAGCAAGGCGACGGUUGGUGGUCGGGGGAUAUCAACGGAUCCUUCGGGAUCUUCCCGUCUUCCUACGUCGAGGAAAUCACCACUUGCAUAUGAAGCUAUUGUUCUUUCGAGUCAUCGAUAUAUUAUAGAAUGCGGAGAAUCUUUGACACGGAUCUUUGGAUUAUAAAAGCUUUCUGUCUCAAGUGUGUACCUCACAUAAGUGAAUGAAAUAUUAUAAUAUAUUUAUAUAAAUGAAAUAAUGUAUACUUCAUUCACUUCAUACAAACUUUUUAAAUAUGUAUAAUCACUUCAUACACUUAUAUCUGUAAUCGUAUCACAGGAAUCGCAAUGGGUAUUGAAAUUGAUGUGGGAUUAUACCUCUCAAAGAGCUUCAGAUGCCAGCUUCUAAAAACAUAGAGCAAGGAACCAUGGAAUAAUUUUUCAUUCACUAAGCAACAUUAAACAGAAAGCAUGAAUAAGUCAUUUUUUUUCAACAAUUUUGAAAGUCAUUUUUUUUCAGUGUUUCCCGGCACCACUACAAAAAAGGAUAGGACCACUCCAUCUCUUUUCCAUGGAUGUCGUAAAAAGCGACUAAGGGAUAGGCUUACAAACUUGGGAUUCUUUUUUAGGCGAUGGGCUAGCAACCUGUCACUAUUUGAAUCUCAAUUCUAUAAUUAAGCCAAAUAUCUGAACGUGGCCAUUCAGUCUUUUUAAGACUGGUGGCUGUCUAUCCCGCAAGGGAUAUAGACGUGACCAUAUCUAUGUAUGUAUGCAUUUUUUUUAAUCCGUUCAAAAUAUACUUUACAAAACGAUCAACGGACGGACUAUCAAUACCCAGCCAAAAACGAUGAAGCGUGUCAUUUUCAUAGAAAUCUGAUUCAACCCAAUUAUUCAUAUUUCUGUGUAUAAAUGACCCUAAUCGUAUGAUUACAUGAAAGACCUGAAUUAACUAAAUUAUUUUUGGUAAAUGUUUAAAAAAGACAACACAAUUUUCUCGAGUUAUGUUGUAAACAUCACAUUAUUCUGUGCCUAUCUUCAAAUACUGGAAUUUAUUUCACUUUCGUAUUCGUAAAGUACUAACAAAUCAUAAAUCUGGUUGUAUUUGUAACAAAAAUAAUGUCAACAAAAUAGCGCACAGGGCAUAGCUAGUAAUUUUAUUGCUUUAAACCCAACCACUAAAUGAAUAUAUAUUCUAAUAAAAUAAUAUCGUAUGCCUGAAAAGAGAAAAUUGUACUAUAUAUAAUGUAGUUAUUACUUAUUAUAAAUAAGAUAUAUAAUUGUUUAGAUGCACAAUAAUUCAUUAUAAUUGUAAAUUAUUACUUAUGCGUAUCAUUAAACCAA